UUUUAAGCGGAAUAUUUCCAUUUCCGAAAUUAAGCGAACCGCCAAUUUCACGACAAGUCCAUUUUUUUUUAUUUAUUUAUCACAAUAACAACUACGCUGGCAACCUCCUCCUCUCAGCUUCCAAAAAGUUCAGAUUCUUUCACUAACAAAUAAAUGAGCUUCAACUUGAGCUUGUGUGGAAGUGCUUUAAUGGCGUUUCAAGGGAGUGAAUUGAUGGGCAAGGCCAUCAAAUUUCACGUUAAAGCAACUCCAAGGAGCGGAUAUAAGCCUUUGCAGGUAGCUUGUGUGGACUAUCCGAGACCAGAUAUUGAUAAUACAGCUAAUUUCUUGGAAGCUGCUAAGUUGUCUUCUUCCUUUCGUGCUUCUGCUCGUCCUCCCAAGCCUUUGAAAGUUGUAAUUGCUGGUGCAGGUUUGGCUGGUUUAUCAACUGCAAAAUAUCUGGCAGAUGCAGGCCACAAACCUUUGUUACUAGAAGCAAGAGAUGUUCUAGGUGGAAAGGUAGCUGCCUGGAAAGACGAUGAUGGUGACUGGUAUGAGACAGGCCUGCAUAUAUUUUUUGGGGCAUACCCAAAUGUACAGAACCUGUUCGGAGAACUUGGUAUCAAUGACCGAUUGCAAUGGAAGGAGCACUCAAUGAUAUUUGCAAUGCCAAACAAGCCAGGAGAAUUCAGCCGAUUUGAUUUUCCAGAAGUUCUGCCAGCUCCUGUAAAUGGAAUAUGGGCGAUUUUAAGGAAUAAUGAAAUGUUAACUUGGCCCGAGAAAGUCAAGUUUGCUAUUGGACUUCUUCCAGCAAUGCUUGGUGGACAAUCUUAUGUUGAAGCCCAAGAUGGUUUAACUGUCAAGGAAUGGAUGAUAAAGCAGGGAGUACCUGAGCGUGUGACAACAGAGGUGUUUAUUGCCAUGUCAAAGGCACUAAAUUUUAUUAACCCUGAUGAAUUGUCAAUGCAAUGUAUAUUAAUUGCUUUAAAUCGAUUUCUUCAGGAGAAGCAUGGUUCCAAGAUGGCAUUCUUAGAUGGUAGUCCCCCAGAGAGACUUUGUAUGCCGAUUGUUAAUCACAUUCAGUCGCUAGGUGGUGAAGUGCGACUAAAUUCUCGGAUACAGAAAAUUGAGCUCAAUAGUAAUGGAACUGUGAAGAAUUUCUUACUAACCAGUGGGGAAGUGAUUGAAGGAGAUGUUUAUGUAUUUGCCACUCCAGUUGACAUCCUAAAGCUUCUUUUGCCUGAAAACUGGCAAGAGAUGCCGUACUUCAAAAAAUUGGAGAAAUUGGUCGGAGUUCCAGUUAUUAAUGUUCACAUAUGGUUCGACAGGAAACUAAAAAACACAUAUGAUCAUCUACUCUUCAGCAGAAGUCCUCUCUUGAGUGUGUACGCUGACAUGUCCGUAACAUGUAAGGAAUAUUACAACCCUAACCAAUCCAUGCUAGAGUUGGUUUUUGCCCCCGCUGACGAAUGGAUCUCGCGUAGCGACUCAGAAAUAAUUGAUGCUACAAUGAAGGAGCUUGCAAAACUCUUUCCUGACGAAAUUUCUGCUGAUCAAAGCAAAGCAAAAAUUGUUAAGUAUCAUGUUGUUAAAACACCAAGGUCUGUGUACAAGACUGUCCCAAAUUGUGAACCUUGUCGUCCCCUGCAAAGAUCUCCAAUAGAUGGAUUCUAUUUAGCUGGGGAUUACACAAAACAGAAGUAUCUGGCUUCAAUGGAAGGUGCAGUGUUGUCAGGAAAGCUUUGUGUUCAAGCUAUUGUACAGGACUAUGAGGUGCUAGUUGCGCGAUCAAAAGGAGAAUUGGCUGAGGCAAACAUUCGCUAAAUACCCUUAAACAGGCAAGAUGGUUGAAAGAUUGAUUGAGGAUUGUGUAAUGAUGGAAAUAUUAUUUUUUUUCAACUUAUAAAAAGGAAAAAUAAUACUCAGAAUCUUCUAUAGUGAA